AUGGCCGGUACCAAACCCAACUGUUUCCACGGAUUCUUAUCAACCGAAGAUGUCCAAGCUGUCGUAACUAAAGCCUUAGGACCAAAUGUCAAGAUCGUCGAUUACCGGGCUAAGUCCUACUCCGAGGUCAGAGUAGGUUUUCUCGGUGCGCAUUCCCUUCUGGAAGUCACAGUCCAAAGAGACACUACCACCUUCUCGGAGAUUCACUCGUUCUUCGUCAAGUGUAUUCCUCACAACUCGGAAAAAGAGGCAAAGCUAAUCACCGAUUACCAAGCGUUCAAACGCGAAACCACGUUUUUCCGCGACUUGGUGCCAGAGUUGCUGAAGAAAUUCAAAAGCGAGCAGUGGAGCCCCGAGUGUUACUUGGUCAAAGACGAUGUACUGGUCUUUGAAAAUCUCAAGAUGAAGAAAUUCAGAAUGUCCAAUCUUAUCUUAGACGAGGCCGCCGUCAAGGCUGCAGCUUCGACUCUAGCAAGGUUCCACGCGGCGUCAGUCGUGGCGGAGAAGCGCCUGAAAAAGUCCUUUCACGAGAUGUAUCCCGGCUUGUUCGUACAAAUGGUUUCUCGCUGCCAUCGACGUCGUCAUCGGCGUGGCUGA